AUGGGAAAUGGUUCCAAGAAGGUGAGUUAAUAAUAUUAAUCUUUAUGAAACAAAAUCAGCUGUACAAGUGCCAUCAGAGGAAGAGCAAAAAUGUCAUGAUGUUCCUGAAAAGAAACAUGGAGUGAGUAUGUUCAAGCGACCUCAACCAAAGGACAUUGCAUAUUUAUCCAAGGCUAAUGAUGAAAGUAGAGAAAAUACUGCCGAAGGCCAAGAGGAAGAUUCCCCAGAACAAUAUCUUCAAUGGAAGUCCAUGAAGCCUACAACUGAAAGAAGAGAUCCUGUUUCCAGUGAAGGAUCAGUAGUGAAGUAUGUGAAAUCCUUCCUCACAGCAGAGCCAACUAUAAAAGCAUCAGAAGGAGAAUGGUGUAGUGGCAGAAACAUCCAAAGACAGGGCAUUGGCAAUUUGUCUUUGGCUGAAGGUCAAAGAUACAGGAGCACAAGACAUGAGGAGGAGAGAGACUCUCCUGAAGACUAUGCUCAAUUGAAGAAGAAAACUCCUCUUCUGUGUGAAGCACCAGCAAUGGAAGAAGUCAAAGCAUUUGACCCAGAUUUGUCAGAAUCAGAUACGCACUUGUCCUCAGAGGAAGAGGAAGAAUGGCCUGAUGACAGUGAAGGGGAACACCUAAAGCUGGAGAAUGCACAUAAUGCUUGGUUGGAGAACGUUGCAGGGCAACCUCAACCAAAGGACAUUGCACAUUUACCCAUGCAAGACGAAAAAGGAGUAAAUGUCAUGAGUGGCCAGAAGAAAGGUAAGAACUCUAUGUUAUUAACAAUUCCAUUCAAGAGGCUCAGGGAGAUUUCUCAUCGCAUGAAAGCAUUUCCUACUCAAGUUUGACAAACCAAGUUUGAU